GCCGCGAGUCACGUGACGAGCCGAGGUUAGCUGCGGUCUGUCAUACACAUUUCUAGCUGACACACGAUAAUCGCUGCACAGCCCUACGCUCUAAAGUAUUCGCACCAUGAACACACGCCUGGCUACCGGAGGUGGUCUGCUCCGGGUACUUGUACCUGGGGCGCUCUUGCUACUGCUGCUUGGGAAGAUUACUGUGACGGUUGCCGCUGAUACCUGUGGAGAAUUUGAAACUUGUGACACUUGUACAACAAAUAUAAGCAGUGGUCUACAGUGUGCCUGGGUGGAAUGUAGUAAUGCAAGUGGACCUUCCUGUAUAAAUGAAACUUUAAUAAGUGAAAGUAACUGCACUAAAGUAAACUGUUCAGCUGCCAGCACCACAACUCAAACUAUAACCACUGUUGUAUCAACCACAGCUAAUGCGACAGGACAAAACACCACAGAUACUCCACCACCACCCACAGCCAAUUCUACUGCAACUGCUUCAACUACCAACUCUACAAACACCACGCCUGUGAUUCCAACAACACCCUCUCCAAAAAAAGGCACAUUUGAUGCUGCAAGUUUCAUCGGUGGCAUAGUCCUUGUUUUGGGUUUACAGGCAGUCAUAUUUUUCAUCUACAAGUUCUGUAAAGCCAAGGACAGGAAUUAUCAUACUCUUUAAAAACUGACACUGCUCCCAGACUGCUCGCCUACCUUGCUCAAACCAAAAUGUUUUGCCUUGAGAUUUCUAAUGGAAGACUUUCCAAGAAAAAUGGAUUUUCUUCUCAUCUGAAUCUAGCAAAUGAUGUGCCAUCAUACUUAAAAAGAAAGUAAACUCCUCUGUAUUUGCAAUCGGCUGCAUGUAUCUCAACAGCUUCCUAAAGUUUUUUAAAACUGAUCUGGAAUUUUUGCUUUCCCAUACCCGAUUGUAAUACAGAGAAACUAAUAUGCCAGGAGUUGAUCUUCUAGACUGGAUAUGAAACGUAAUUUAAGAACAAUGUUGCAUCUAGGCAUAUCGUAGCAUUAUGGGCCUGAAUGAAGUUUCUAUUUCCUUUGUGUCCCCUCCCCGCCCUGUUCAUAAAAUCUUACGUAUACACCUGAUAAUUACAAACAGUGCUGCCCUUUCUAAAAGUGAUUCUCCUUUCUUAAAGGUGAAGGUGGAAAUAUUGUGCCUUAGAAACAUUAAAGUAUAAUGUUGUUUUUUCGGAUUUCAUAUUCUGUAGAUCUGUAGGGGCACCUAGUUUGAUUAUGCAAUACUAAAUGACCUUCUGCCCCGAAAGUCCUUCACCUUCCUAUGUUUUGUGUAUAGUUUAUGUGCUCUUAUACUCAUUUCAAUUAAUGUAACCGUAAAUUUAUUCUAAUAAUCAGGAACAGAUAUAACUUGCUUUGUCUUUCCCAAAUAUGAACCUGUUUUUAUUCUCAAUAUCUGCUACCUUAAUGAAUUAAGUAUUCUUUAAAGUUUCUGACUGAAACUUUGCUUUAGCCAUUAGUGUAUAUAAAUAUAUGAAGGAGCCAAAAAAGGAUGCAGACAAAAAUAGUUGUCUACUGAAGACUUUUAAACUUACUUUGGCAAAAUGCCAUUUUCUUUCUUUCCUCUUUUUCCCUUUUUUAAUUGGUGAAUUUUUCCUCCUCCUUCUGGUUACCCAGGGGUAAUUCUGUUUUUAUUUUAAAGCAAGUUGUCCAAAUGUGAAUAGAUUUGUCUUGAAUUACAGAUACUGUGUUGUAGUGAACUGUGUAACAACCAAUGUCAUGGUAAAAUAAGGUUAUAUUUAAUUCUUCUGAAUCAAUCCACUCUACCUCCGGUUACCUCCAGAUAAAGUUAUCACAUAAUAUAAGAAAGUACUGUUGAAUCCUUCAAGUCAAAGCCUGUGAUGUUUUUAGUUUAGAUUUUCUUCGGCAGUAAUCUGGAUUGUAGAAUAAAAAAUAGAAUUUGCACCAAUAUGCAAUAUAUCUGCAAAUUCUAAGUGCCUUCAGACAUGAGUAAGUGGUGGAAUAGGACAUUCUAUUAUACAAAUAAGUAAUAGAUCUGUGCAUGAGUAUGUUGUUUAUUCUACUUGCAGAUUAGCAGGCUAAAGUACAGGAAGACACUCCAAACAGCAAGGUCAAAUUAUGUUCUUAUUUAUUGUAUUUCAUGACGUAUACAAAUUUUAAACUUGCUUAUGUAGAUUUAAAACCAGUUAUUUUGUUGCAUGCAUAUUGAGUUGUUUAAUAAACUUUUCAGUGACUUUCUUUAUUUGAAUGGAUACAAGUCCACAAUCAGCUUGCUGGGCAUCGAACAGAGCAGAAUAAAGGACUCAUGGGAGACACUACUGCCCUUCAAAUGUAGACGCACUCUUGGAGUGCAUUGGUGCCUUCCAUGCUCUCAAAAAAAUGACAUGUAGGUUAAGAUAUCUAAAUUGUUCCAGUUAUAAAUGUAUUACAAUAUUCUAAUUAUAAAAAACACAAUUCAACUGACUAUUUUCUUAAUACACAUGCACAACUGCUUUAUUUUUUCAUAAAGUGCCAAGCCUACUAUAAACUGCAUUCACACAGCUUGUACAAUCAUAGAUAGGUUAAAAUAUUUAUAAAAUGUUUACAUUUUGCACAGAAACACUACUGCUCCAGGUUGUAUCAGUAAAUGAGGUGCACAUACUACAAAGACUAGAUGUGGUGUAACCUCCUGCAUAACCUCCUGCAAUUUAUUGUAUUGUUAUUAUUCCAUGUUAAUUCUGAUUAGGAACUCUUGUGCCAAAUGUAUUGAAGUAUGAUCUUAUGUGGCCUUCCUUUGAGAUUGCACUUUGCUAUGCCUUUUUGAAGUCCCGAUUCAGCACUUCAUUAAGCUUUUUGAGAAACUGACAUGCUUUAUUCCUCUUCUAAAUCGAAAUGCCUUUAACUUAUCAAAGACGUAUAAUUUCAUACGAUACAAAGUUAAUUUUUUUUUGUUUUGAAUAAAUAAAUACAAAUAUGA